UGGUUUUUUAGGAUCAUAAAUAUUGUUCCGGGGAUGAACGGCUAUAAAAUUUACAGCUGUUACGGAUGCGUUGGCAAUUAGUAAUAUUGUAUUAGGAGGGGGGUGGGGGGACAACUAAUCUUGUUAGAAAAUAAGGGCUUCUGUUAGAAUGGAUUGUCGUUGCGAAGCGAGAAGGAGGGAGGCGGUUGAAAACGUUCAGCCAAGGCCCGAUAAAUGACACCAGACUUUAAACCUUACACAUCUGUGGCUGUAACCUCGACCCGCUGGAUACUUUCCUGUAAAAAAAAAAAAUCUGUACACAGACGUGUUAUAUACAGCCCAGAUUGGAAGGAUAAACUAAACCUCCCGGAGAAACUCACACCAACUAUGGCUUCUGUGCGACAGCUGGAGAAGGUGUCGCCCUAUGUCAUCAGGAACGGUUCCUCGGGUCUGUGUGUAAACGGGACUCCGUGGGUCCUGUACCUGUUAAACGAAUGCGUGGACAACACGUGGGAGUAUUGGAGUGUUGUCAUAGGCCUGGUCUCCAUGCUCUGUUUUCUUCUGUCAACCUUACCUCAAGUUUACGAGGCCUACAGACACGGAAGAGUGGAGCAGGCUGUUUCCCUGGGGUUCCUGCUUUUUUUACUGAGUGGAGACCUCAGCAACUUUGUUGGGUGUUAUUUAACCAACCAGCUUCCUAUUCAGAUUGUAACUGCAGUCUUUUAUAUCUUCACUGAUGUGAUUCUGAUCUCCCAAUUUCUGUAUUACAAACUGAAGAAUGCAAAGUCUCAAAAAAACCCUUGGCUGAAAUGGAUUUGUUGUGUCUGGUGUUUGGCAUUUACUACAGUUUGCUCGGUGCUUCCCAAACUAUUGGAAGAGAAAAAGAUAGAGAAUUUAAAUCCACAGGUGAAUUCCACUAAUGUGUUGGAGAUCUCUGGCUAUGCCUUUGGCUAUUUGUCUUCAGUAUUCUACCUUGCAUCUCGAUUUCCACAACUGUACAAAAAUUUUAAAAGACAGUCGACAGAAGGAACGUCCUACCUGCUGUUUGCGUUGGCUAUGAUGGGCAAUGGGACGUAUGGGCUCAGUCUUAUUGUAAUGCUGCCUGCAUUGAAAGGUUCAGAGGGCGUCUUUAUCCUCAAUCAUUUGGCCUGGCUAAUUGGAAGCCUUGGUGUGCUUUUCCUGGACUUCUUUAUCUCUGCACAGUUCGUUUUGUAUCGAAAGCAAAAGUACACUCAACAAAACCUGCUGGUCCUGAAGAAAGUUCCAGAAGUUGAGCCUUUACUUUAUGCCGAUGAAGAGUUGUGAAGAUAUUUAAAUACAGUAUGUGGUUAGUGCUUUUAGAGGUGAGGGUUAGAUCAAAGUCCUUUAUUUAAAGAGAUCAAUUGAAGUUAAUCAUUCCUUGUUUACUUUUUUUGUAAGAAUGAUUACUUGAAAAUGAUGUAUUUAAUAUUGUUAUUAAAAUACUCAUAUUUAUACUGUAAUAUAAGGUUAGUAAAUUGUAGUUAUUUGUAGUUUUACCCAUAGUAAGACCAUACAUCAAUUAGUUGCACAAAUGCAUUUGAGUUGAAAAUGACAUUUUGUAGCAUUCUGAAUAUUUCUGCUAAUAUCCGACUCGGACUCAUUCUAAACAUCUUUUGUAUUGUUUAAUGGAGAUGUGCUUAAUUAUCUAACAUUUUAUUUGUACAUGUUAACAGGAUUUCUCUUAUUACCUUAUGUUUUUCUUCUGCAGUUUCACUUAUCAUACAAAUUUACUAUGAAAGUUAAAACUGCUGCUUUGAUACUAAUGAAUUUUGUAUGGCAUUGCAUAUUUUGUAGGUUUUUAUAGUAUUUUUCUAUGGGUGAAGAUACAGAGUUAAUCACAAGAUGCUUUUGCACUAAAGGAAAGAAGAAGCACUUGACCUUAAGAAGACAUUUUGAACUCCUUUUAAAAGUUAUUCUAGUAUUGUACAUGGUCACAACUAAAGUGGGACUAAAUUAGUUCUCUUGUGGUCUGUGUGCGUCGGCCUGAUUUUGUGGUGCUGUAAAAACAGCUAUUGUCUAUUCUUUCAUAGCUGUUCUAAAAGAAUUGAUUGAAUUAUGCCUUUGUUUUGUAAUGUCUGGGCAGGGAUGUAUGGACUGCUUUCACUGUUGGCAGUGUUCAGUGUUUCCUGCAUCCAUCCGUGUGGGUUCACUGGUUCGGCCAAGAUAACCUCUCAUUUUUUUUAUGCCUAGUUCUUAUUCAUUCCACGUGUAAGCUACCUCAUUUCCAGUUUAUAACAAUGAGUAAAUGUGAUGUCAAUAUGUCCAUGUGUAGCACUCUGUUUUGUGUAAUAACAAAGGAUGUUUGCCAUUGUACAUGGAAGCUUAAAAGCUUUUCGUGCAUUGCACAAAAUCGCACCACUCCUGUUUGACUUUGUGCAAUUAAGAGCUUAAUCUUAAAAGAUCUUACAGCUGGGAAACAAGUAUAAAAUUGACUAUUUUGAGACAAUUUAUCUCCAUACCAGGAAGUAAACCUCUGUCAUUAAAGUACAGAGAAAUGACAUUGCAGUUCUUGUUUUUCAGUUUAAAUUGUUGUGCAAGUGUGUGGUUUCAUGUCUAGCAUGAGCUCCUGGUGCUGUACGAGGUCUGGCUCCAGUGGAAAGAGCUACACGGCCUGACUGCCUUCAACAUUUUACAAAAGGGUGGCUCGUUUGUCUCUUUAGAGAUGAUUUUAAAGAUUCGCAGGUUACUAUUUGUUUUGCUUUUAAAUGCUCCAAAACGCAAUUAAUUCUGGAAGGGUAUAGAAUAAUUACAAUGCCUUAGUAUAUAAAUACAGUAUUAUUCUACAAAAGAUACCCAAAACAUCUCCAAAAGCCAUCAUAUUAAAUAAAAACGCUUAACAUUACACUUGACACAGUUAAUUACUGUAAGUGCGUAGAUAAGUAAAAUUUAAUACGUGGAAAACCUUGACGUACGGAUAUCAAUCUCAGUCUUCUGCUUGACCAUCCGAACUACACAAGUGUUAAUUCUGGUGUAUUUGGGUCUUUAUUUUUUGUACUCAUUUUCUUUGGGAUGUUGAGUUUCUUGGUGGAUGUUACUUGUUUUUUUUUAACAAGCACACAAGUAAAUGUUCUUUACUGGGUGUGCACUUUUAAUUACUGAACACUGUUUUGUAAAAUCGAAUAACCUGUAGUCUCAUGAAAUGUGAAAUUUAUAUGUACAAAUACAGUAUAAACAGUGAAAUUUCUGUUUUACUGACAAAAUCUGCUAAAUGGGAUUUUUUUUAAAGCAAAUAUACCUGAUUUUGUACAAAUAAUAAAUACUAUAUAAGUUUAAAUUCAGGAAUCUCAAUAAUACACUAUAGGUUUAUCACUAUAUCAGUUGAUUAUGAAAGGUAUUUGCAUUUCGUACGCUUCAGAGAAUUUUAUACAGUAUAUUUACAACACAUUAAAUAAAGAGCUUGUAUAUUUAUGAUCAAAAAGGCCCACGAACAAUAUCCAUGGACUGCGAUGAUUUGCAAAAAAAAUAAUUCGAAAGAUUAAAAACGUCUAUUCUCAUAUAAUGUAUUUUUUAGGCUGAAAAAAACAUCAUUUGUGAUUUAACUUUGGACAAUAACAGGCACCCCUCCCCCGAAGUCCAUUAAACUGAGGGUUUACUGUACUUCUAAGCACAUCUAAUCUUAAUACUUUCUGGUUAAAAACAAAACAAACAAACAACUGGAAAUGUUUUGCAUUACUUGUCAUAUAACUGUCAUCUGUUUACAGUGAUUCUAAUAAAGUGCAAUGUCUUGUCAU